GGCACCCUGAUAAGUAGUGACACGCUGCGGUAGUGGUGACUUGCUAUUUCUUGAGUGACCGAGACUACGUAGUUAAGAAAGUCAAGGAGAUUAUCUACGGUGAUAGGUUGUGGGCGCGCGCGCGCGCAGUGAAGCACACAAUGGAGUUAUGAAUGCCAUCGCCCGCGGUUGGUUCCGCUGUCGUCUUGAGAACGGGGACGUCCGCCCAGUACCUUUGUCCAACACAUACAUACAUACACAUACCUAACACGCACGGUGCCGAUAAUAUAACUCGUUUCAGUUAACUUUUUUUUCAUUUUCAUGAUGACCAUCUGUCAACGACUCGUUUCUGUACAGUCAAUUUCUUUAAUUUUGCCCAGUCAACAGCGCAGACGAUGGGAAUGCGGUCGUGUGCGAUACGAAGGGUCGGAUGCCCUAGAAGAAAAAUCAAAAGCGUUUAUGCGUCUACCGAUAACGGGUGUAACGGGAGGGAAACACUGUCACUGAAGGGUUGCAUGUUGCUUGCCAUCAUCAUUCAUCCG